AUGUCCGGCGCUAUCUCGUCUCUCUGGAAUAACAGGGCUUUACUGAUACUCCAAUCGCGCCUUGUCUUCGCCGCCAUGGCUUGCAUCUACCUGGGCUCCUUUGCCGCUCUUCGAAGACCCCCUAGUGCGAGUCCCCGGAAGAAGCGCAAGACCAGCACCAAGGAGGAUGCAGAGGAUGAUGACGAUGAAGCCGAUGAUCAAUACGUUCAGGGGCUCGAGCUAUCGGAUGCGAUUGUGUUCCCAUUGUUGGCCGGUACCGUCCUUGUUGGCCUCUACUACUUGAUCAAGUGGCUCGAAGACCCUGCAAUCCUUAACAAGAUACUUGGGGUCUAUUUCUCAUUCAUGUCUUUGGCCAGCAUGGGCAAGCUGUUCGCAGAUAGUUUGCACUUCUUGACUGGUCUGGUAUUUCCUGACAUCUGGAGAGCAUCGGAUGGAACACUAUAUCACUUUGAUACGUCAAAAAAAUGCCAGUACCGAAUUUCCGAGUCGGGGGAGCACAUCUUCGACGAAACGAGGAACUCGCCCUUCGCAGGACCGUUGUGGGCUCAGCGCUUACUCCCCGACAUUAAUCGCCGUUCGCUGUGGCAGCUGCGACAUCUACUCCAGGAGCGGUGGACGGUCCGCUUCAUGCUUCACGGCGUCGCCAAGGAGCGGUUCCGCGUAAGAUUGAACGACAUCGUCGCCAUUUUUCUGGCUGUUGGUGCCAACAUGAUCAACUACACGGCCAAGUCCAAUAUAAUUUCGAACAUCAUGGGCUACGCCUUCUCCUACACUGGCAUUAUCAUGAUGUCCCCAACCACUUUCACCACUGGCAGCGCGGUGCUCUUUGCACUCUUCUUCUACGAUAUCUACAUGGUUUUCUACACCCCAUAUAUGGUCACGGUAGCAACUAAGCUUGAGGUCCCGAUCAAGUUGGUUUUCCAGAGCGAGAAGAAAUCCAGCAUGCUCGGUCUCGGAGACAUCGUCAUCCCUGGCAUGUUCAUUGCGAUAUGCCUCCGUUUCGACAACUUCAUGCAUUAUUACCGUCAACGUAAGUUCGUUGAGGUCGACCUCAAGUCAGAUGAAGAACUAUCCGGCGAACUCGUCACGUGUAAAGAGACGAGACGAAUGGUUGUUAAGCCGGAAUAUGUGAACCCUCAAGGGCAAUGGGGCAAUCGAUUCUGGGCCACUCGUUUUAUUAACAUGCUGUCGCCAGAUGCUACGCCCGCAUUGAAAGCCUCUGCAUUUCGGAAGACAUAUUUCCAUGCCGCCAUGGUUGGAUACUUCCUUGCCAUGCUGGCAACGCUUACAGUGCUCUUCGUCUUUAAGCACGCCCAGCCUGCUCUCCUGUAUCUCGUCCCGGGUGUCGUUUUCUCAGUCUGGCUGACGGCUUUUUGGCGCGGUGAGCUGCAUGAGAUGUGGACUUUCACGGAGGACGGAAGCUUGGACAAGACGGAUGUGGUGGUAGAUGUUGAUGCGAAUGGCAAGGUCGUGAAAGAGCUCAGCUUCACCCCGAAGAAAGAGACGGACGACGAGGGAGAAAAGGACACUGAGCCUACAAAGGAGGAACAGAAGUCGGUCGUCGCCAAAAAGAGAGUCGACAAGUACGUUUUCGCAUUCACUGUCGAGGCUCCCGCUUCGCUUGCUACUGAAGUUAGGGGUGAGUAG